AUGCUCCCGCCGCCUUCGCUCACCGUCGUCCAGAUGCUGGCAUCGGAGGAAACCAUUGAGGAAGUCCCGUGCACAUGCGGCGCCAAGGACUGGCACAAGCAGCAAAAGAAGCACCACACCACGGCAACCACCAUCGAGGCCAAACAGUCCGCCAACGACCCUGCCGCAGCAUCAUCCAAGCUGCACCGCAGUCUAUGGCGCAAGCUGCUCGGUGUGGGUCCGAAGUGCAUCUGCCAGAAGCGGCGCGCUAUCAGCUCCAGCACUACAACUCGUACCAAGCCAGGGCUCAUUGAAAUCCCAGCUGAAUACGUGGGCUGCACGGCCGUGACCGUCUCCGGCAAGCGCGUCCCGUUCUCUCGCGACAUGCAGCAGCAGUGCCGGAAGUCCUGGACACCACUCGAUGCCAUCGAAGAAGAUGAAUAG